AUGUCCUUAGCUAUAUUGAUCGUUAUAGCUUUCUCUUGCUACAAUUCAAUUCUUGCAACACCAGCACCUUCUAAACAGUCAGAGGCAAGUGCGCUUCUCUAUAGCGGGUGGUGGUCUCCCUCUGUCAUCAACAACACUACCUUACCUCAUUGCGCGUGGCCUGGGGUAUUGUGCGACGCCUCUGGGAGUGUCGACGGGAUUCGCUUGCCAUAUGGGUACCAAAUAGGAGGUAAUUUCAGCAACAUGAACUUCUCUCUACUUCCAAGCCUCACCUUACUUAAUUUCUCUUAUAACGGACUAGCCGGCAAAAUCCCGCUUCAGAUAUGUACUCUGUUGAGGCUAACUUACCUUGACUUGUCCUCCAAUUCUCUCAUUGGCAAGUUGCCUCCAUGUGUCCAAAAACUCACUAGGCUUCAAGUUCUUAAUAUCGGUGAUAAUUACAUUAGUGGCUCUAUCCCUCCUGAGUUGGGAAAUUUGGAGAGAUUGAACACCUUGAAUCUCACGUUCAAUUUGCUUAAUGGUGCUAUCCCACCGACUAUUGGUCGCUUGCACAAUUUACGAUCCCUUUUAUUUGGGUCAAAUAAUUUAAGUGGCUCUAUCCCUCUUGAACUUGGAAACCUCACAAAAAUGAAUGUUGUUGAUUUAGGUUUCAACAACUUCAUUGCUCCCAUUCCAUCCUCUAUAAGAAAUUUGAUGAGCUUGACUAGUCUUUAUUUGGAAGAAAACCAACUCGGUGGAUCUAUUCCUCCGGAAAUAGGGAAUUUGACGAGCUUGACUUAUCUCGAUUUGGAAGGAAACCAACUCGGUGGAUCUAUUCCUCCGGAAAUAGGGAAUUUGACGAGCUUGACUUAUCUCGAUUUGGGAGGAAACCAACUCGGAAACCAACUCGGUGGUUCUAUUCCCCCGGAAAUAGGGAAUUUGAGGAGCUUGACUCAUCUCCAUUUGGAAGGAAACCAACUCAGUGGAUCUAUUCCCCCGGAAAUAGGGAAUUUGAGGAGCUUGACUUAUCUCUAUUUGAAAGGAAACCCAUUCAGUGGAUCUAUUCCUUUGGAAAUAGGGAAUUUGACGAGCUUGACUCAGCUCAUUUUGCAAGGGAACCAACUCGUGGUCGGAUCUGGCUUUCUAUUUCGACGUGCAACAAAGACAAAGCAACCAGAGACUAUAGAGAAAAAUGGAAAUUUCUUGUCAAUAUGGAAUUAUGACGGGAGGAUUGCAUAUGAAGACAUAAUUGAUGCAACAGAGGACUUCGAUCUCAAAUAUUGCAUCGGGACUGGCGGUUAUGGUAGCGUCUAUAGAGCACGAUUGCCCAAUGGGAAAGUCGUGGCAUUGAAGAAACUUCACCGUUUUGAAGCAGAGGAUCCGUCCUUCGACAAGAGCUUUCAGAAUGAAGUGAAACACUUAACAGAAGUAAGGCAUAGAAGCAUAAUGAAGCUCCAUGGUUUUUGCUUACACAAGCGAUGCAUGUUCUUAGUGUACGAAUUCAUGGAAAAUGGGAGCCUGUUUGGUGUUUUGAGAGAUGAUGUUGAAGCGGUGGAAUUAGAUUGGUCCAAAAGAGUCGAUCUUGUCAGGGAUACGACACAUGCUUUGUCUUACAUGCACCAUGAUUGUGCUCAGCCAAUUGUUCAUCGAGACAUAUCUAGUAAUAACAUCUUACUCAACAGUAAAAUGCAGGCUUUUGUAUCAGAUUUUGGCACCGCAAGACUUUUGGAUCAUGAUUUCUCAUCUAACUUCACUACAAAUAUCGUUGGCACCUAUGGAUACAUUGCACCAGAGCUCGCAUAUACUUUGGUCGUUAAUGAGAAAUGUGACGUAUAUAGUUUUGGAGUGGUAGCAAUGGAAACAAUGAUGGGUGAGCAUCCGGGAGAUAUUAUAUCUAUCUUGUCGACAUCCUCUGGAGAAGAUAUCAUGCUACAUAAAAUUCUAGACCGGCGGUUGCCUUUUCCAAGAGAGAACUCUGUUGCAAGAAGUAUUGUUUUGAUAGUUUCUCUAGCGCUUGCUUGCUUGAGUGCUAAUCCAAAGUCUCGACCAACUAUGAAGCAAAUCUCAGAAGCUUUUCUAGCUCAAAAGUCACCAUUGGCGAAGCCCUUCCAUGAGAUCUCAUUGGCUCAGCUCCGAUAUGUUAAUAGAUCACGGUUGGAAGGUGAAUCAACAGAAGCUUCAUCAGGACAGAGCGAGGAGUAAGGGUCAUUAAGUGCUUGUCUAGUAAAGAGAUAAUUGAUAAUGAAGCUGCAAUUUGGUGGAUAUGA